AUGUUCCGGGUCUCUCUGCGGUCUGUCUCAGACCGUGUCCGUGAACAUGUCUGCGUCUCCUGUUUGGCGCAAGGCCUUCGCAGUCGCAACUAUGCCCUCCGCCCCUUCCACAGUACCGCUGCAUCGCUGAAAUCGGGUUCCGCGAACAAGUCCAUUUUUAAAUCUAAUAAUGUAUCCUCCGAGCAGGAACCCAAGAAGAAACGUGGCAAAGACCACAAAGAUAAAAACGCCUCUCGCUCUAAACCCAGGAGACCUCGUCGAAAGUCGACAGGCUCUGCCGACAAAGUUCGAAAGGUACUCUCGAAACAUGACGUCCAUGAGGCUACAAAGAUCGUGAAGGAUGCCAAAGCGGUAGACCCAGCUCUGACUGCGCACGCCUUGGCGCCCAAGUCUGAUGCCCAGCAAGCGACUGACGAACCCCCCCACUCGGUAUUCACGAGAAAUCUUAGUGCCAAGGAGGGUGGCUCAAUCAAUGCCAAAGAUCACAUUCUUCGACCCCUUGACGUGGAGACGUCGCCAGUGCCUCGGUUGUCCUAUGGUCUGGAAAGAGCCCUGUUCAAUCCCGGCGUCUACACUCUGCGCGACCCCCGGUCUCGCGUCUAUAACUUUGACCCUUACCUGGGUUCGAUCAUGCCCGUCACCGAAUUCGAUUUUGCUGCCUUGAAGGACUACAUCACCUCCUCCAAGGACGACACCUUGCGAAACAUUGCCGUAAAGGAAAAAAAGAAGUACAUAGGUUCUUCGUCGAGUAUGACGUCCGCGCUCUCGCACUUCCAUUACCUCCUCUCGGCAUGGAGACCGAUCGACAUUCGCAACAUGUCCCAAUCCUUCCCGGAAAAAUUGCGGACCUUCACGCGACUGCUGCGCGCCCCUUCGGCCAUGUUCCUGAGGUAUCAGGAUGGAGUCUACGCCGUCGAUGCGGAUAAGGAGUUCGACUCGGCCAAUAUCCUGAUGAACCUGGGAAAGUCGAUGGAGAAACUUCUCACGUUACCCAAGGAGGAUUUUGAACGCUAUCGACGAUCUAGUGCGAACAAGAUCUCUGCGGAGGAGGAGCAAGCCGUUCCGGAAUCGUACCAUUAUUCUACCCUGGGCGACUUCGUCAUGCGGUCCCAGUUGGACGCUUACGACCCGAGGCUCCCGGGAACCGGAAUGUUUGAUCUGAAGACUCGGGCCGUCGUGUCCAUCCGAAUGGAUGCACAGAAUUUCGAAGACGGCGUUGGUUACGAGAUCCGACACAAUUACGGCGGAUUUGAAUCGUACGAGCGGGAAUUCUACGACAUGAUCCGCGCAGCCUUCCUCAAAUACUCCCUCCAAGUGCGCAUCGGUCGCAUGGACGGUAUCUUCGUGGCGUUCCACAACAUUCAGCGCAUCUUUGGAUUCCAGUAUCUGAGUUUGCCCGAGAUGGAUCUCACUCUCCAUGGCCAGACGAACACACAGUUGGGUGACCAAGAAUUCCGGCUGAGUGUCGCCUUGUGGAACAAGGUUCUCGACAGGGUCACGGCCAGGUUUCCCAAGCAAUCUGUCCGCCUCCACUUCGAGACCCGCGAGUCCAAGCUGACCGCAUCAUUCAUGUACAUCUUCGCCGAGCCCGUGACCGAUGAAGAAAUCCACGCCAUUCAGACCAAGAACCAGGAGGAGAUUGAUGCCUAUCAGCGACGUAUCUUGAACCUUGCCCCGCACGAGGACGAACAGCAACCCACUUCGACCCUAGAAGACGGCCAAAACGCUGCCGCCGCCAACAACGCGGAGCAGCAGUCGGACGCCGUUAAGAAUAAAGGACAAGAACGAAAACAAGAACAAGAACGCGAGCUGGCGAACGAAUCCUCGAAGCGCACGGACGAGAAGUCGACCGUCGCCGACCAAGCCCAGGAGCGCAUAGAGGACCCCGAGAACGGGAAGGAGCUGCUCGGAUUGAACCUCAUCAUCCGCAACAAGGUCAAUGGUAAAUUCGUGGCCCGACCCGAGCGCCUGACCUCGGAGGAUGAAUGGGUCGUCGAGUACGGCCUCAACGACAUGGAAGACAAGGCUGCCCGUCUCACCUACAAAGCGUGCCAGAUCCGACGCGCCAAGGCCAUCAACAACAAGGACGAGGACGACGGGAAUAUCGCAAACAAGAUCUAUCUUCAAAAACUGCGUGAUAUCACCUUAAGGGGCCGAGCCUUCCGGAAGAAGGAAGACGAGAAAGACAGGAACGAGGGUAUUGUUGUCCUUGACGAUGUGAAAUAG